CAUUUGAACUAUAAGAACAAAAAAAUGCAUAUCAAAAUUUGGUUUCACUAACAUCUCAGUUUGAGUUUGUAGUUGUAGAGACCAAAACAACAAUGGAGAGUAAUGAAGUAUCAAGAGUUGAUAGCUUAAGAAGAGCAAGUAGUUCUAACAUAUGGAGGAACAAUAGCAUGAAUGUUUUCUCAACGUCUGAACGUGAAGACGAUGAAGAAGCUCUUAAAUGGGCUGCUAUUGAGAGACUUCCUACAUAUCUAAGGAUUAGGAGAAGUAUAAUCAAUAAUGAAGAAGGUGAAGGGAGAGAGAUUGAUAUCAAAAAACUUGGAUUAACUGAGAGAAAGGUUUUACUAGAGAGACUUGUGAAAAUUGCUGAAGAAGAUAACGAAAAGUUCUUGUUGAAACUCAAGGAAAGAAUCGAAAGAGUUGGACUUGAUAUUCCAAUAGUUGAAGUGAGAUUUGAGCAUAUAAAUGUUGAAGCACAAGUUUAUGUUGGAGGAAGAGCUUUGCCUUCAUUGCUCAACUUCUAUGCUAAUGUCUUAGAGGGAUUCUUAAAUUAUCUUCAUAUCAUUCCAAGUCCAAAGAAACCAUUACAUAUCCUUCAAAAUGUUAGUGGAAUCAUAAAGCCUCAAAGGAUGACAUUACUUUUGGGGCCACCAGGCUCUGGAAAGACCACUUUGCUUUUGGCCUUGGCUGGAAAACUUGCUAAAGAUUUAAAACAAUCUGGGAGAGUAACAUACAACGGGAAAGGACUAGACGAGUUUGUUCCACAAAGAACAUCCGCUUAUAUAAGUCAACAUGAUAAUCACAUUGGAGAAAUGACCGUAAGAGAAACCCUAGCUUUCUCAGCAAGAUGUCAAGGGGUUGGACACAAUUAUGACAUGUUGACUGAACUACUAAGAAGAGAGAAGGAAGCAAAGAUUAAACCAGAUCCUGAUGUUGAUGCCUAUAUGAAGGCAGCAGCACUAGAAGGACAGGAGGCAAGUGUGGUAACUGACUAUAUUCUCAAGAUUUUGGGAUUGGAAAUAUGUGCCGACAUUAUGGUAGGAGAUGGAAUGAUAAGAGGUAUUUCAGGAGGGCAGAAAAAGAGAGUCACAACAGGGGAGAUGCUGGUUGGACCAAUAAGGGUAUUGUUCAUGGACGAAAUAUCAACUGGUUUGGACAGUUCAACAACUUUUCAAAUAAUCAGCUCAAUCAGACAAUCAAUCCAUAUUCUAAAUGGAACCGCACUUGUGUCUCUGCUACAACCAGCACCAGAAACUUAUGAAUUAUUUGAUGAUAUAAUACUGCUCACAGAUGGACAAAUUGUGUAUCAAGGACCAAGAGAAAAUGUACUAGAGUUUUUCGAGUCAAUGGGAUUCAAGUGUCCUGAAAGAAAAGGAGUUGCUGAUUUCUUACAAGAAGUUACAUCAAGAAAAGAUCAAUGGCAAUAUUGGGCAAAUAAAGAUGAACCUUAUAGUUUUGUUACUGUCAAGGAUUUUGCCGAAGCAUUUCAGAUAUUUCACAUAGGUCAAAAACUUGGAGAUGAGCUAGCCAAUCCUUUUGACAAGUCGAAAUGCCAUGCAAGUGUCUUGACCACAAAGAAAUACGGUGUUAACAAGAAGGAGCUUCUGAAGGCUUGUGCUAGCAGAGAAUUUUUGCUUAUGAAGCGAAAUUCGUUUGUCCACAUUUUCAAAGUCACUCAACUUAUUUAUUUAGCUAUCAUGACAACAACAUUGUUUCUAAGAACUAAGAUGCAUAAGGAUACUGUAGAGGAUGGAGGAGCUUACAUGGGAGCACUAUUUUUCACAGUCACAGUAGCAAUGUUCAAUGGAAUAUCAGAACUAAAUAUGACACUUAUGAAACUUCCUGUCUUUUACAAGCAAAGAGAUCUUCUUUUCUAUCCUUCAUGGGCUUAUUCUCUUCCACCAUGGAUUCUAAAAAUACCAAUAGCUCUCAUUGAAGCCGUCAUAUGGGAAGCCAUCACUUACUAUGCUAUUGGCUAUGAUCCAAGUUUUGUAAGGCUUUUAAAACAGUACUUGGUAAUCCUGCUCAUUAACCAGAUGGCUACUUCACUAUUUCGGUUGAUGGCAGCAUUAGGAAGGGAUGUUAUAGUUGCAAGCACUGUUGGGUCAUUUGCAUUACUAGUAGUUCUGGUUUUGGGAGGAUUUGUGAUUUCAAGAGAGGACGUGCACAAAUGGUUUCUGUGGGGUUAUUGGUCGUCACCAUUGAUGUAUGGACAGAAUGCUAUAGCUGUGAAUGAAUUUCUUGGACAUAGUUGGAGAAAGGUUACCCAUAAUUCCAAUGAAACAUUGGGAGUUUUGGUAAUGAAAACUCGCGGUUUUUUCCCACAAGCUUAUUGGUAUUGGAUUGGUGUAGGAGCAUUGAUUGGUUAUGUUUUUCUAUUCAACUUUUUGUUCACAUUGGCCUUACAAUAUCUCAACCCUUUCAGAAAGGAUCAAGCAGGCCUAUCUGAAGAGGAAUUGCUUGAGAGAGAUGCUUCAACAGCUGUAGAAUUUACUCAGUUACCGACUCGAAAGAGAAUUUCUGAAACAAAAAUAGCAGAAGAAGGACUUAUGCCAUCGAGAUCGUUUUCUGCAAGAGUCAGUAAGGAUAAAACUAGUAUAAGUGGAAGGAGAGGCAUGGUUCUUCCUUUUCAACCUCUAUCCCUCACUUUUGAUGAAAUCAGAUACGCUGUAGACAUGCCUCAGGAAAUGAAAAAUCAAGGAGUUUCCGAGGAUCGUCUCGAACUUUUGAAGGGUAUCAAUGGCGCCUUUAGGCCUGGAGUACUAACUGCUUUGAUGGGUGUAAGUGGUGCCGGAAAGACUACUCUAAUGGAUGUUUUAGCUGGAAGGAAAACUGGUGGAUAUAUUGAUGGAAACAUCACAAUAUCCGGCUAUCCAAAGAAUCAAAAAACAUUUGCUCGCAUAUCGGGAUAUUGCGAGCAAUUUGAUAUCCAUUCACCUAAUGUUACAGUUUAUGAAUCUUUGUUAUAUUCGGCAUGGCUUCGUUUACCACCUGAAGUUGAUCAAGCUACUAGAAAGAUGUUUAUUGAGGAAGUUAUGGAGCUUGUAGAGCUUAAUUCAUUAAGAGAAGCACUUGUUGGAUUGCCAGGCGAGACUGGACUUUCGACCGAACAACGCAAGAGACUAACGAUCGCAGUUGAACUUGUAGCGAAUCCAUCGAUAAUAUUCAUGGAUGAGCCAACCUCUGGCCUUGAUGCUAGAGCAGCUGCAAUUGUAAUGAGAACAGUGAGGAACACAGUUGACACAGGACGUACUGUUGUUUGCACAAUCCAUCAGCCAAGUAUUGACAUAUUCGACGCCUUUGAUGAGCUUCUACUUAUGAAAUUGGGAGGUGAGCAAAUAUAUUCUGGUCCAUUAGGCCGCCAUUGCGCUCAUUUGAUUCAUUACUUUGAGGCUAUUGAAGGAGUUCCUAAGAUUAAAGAUGGUUAUAAUCCUGCAACAUGGAUGUUGGAAGUUACAUCAGCAGGAUCAGAAGCAAAUCUUAAGGUCAACUUCACUAACGUUUACAGAAACUCGGAACUAUACCGGAGAAACAAACAAUUGAUCCAGGAAUUAAGUAUACCUCCUCAAGAUUCAAAGGAAUUAUACUUUGAUUCUCAGUAUACACAAACUAUGUUGUCCCAAUGUAAAGCAUGCUUGUGGAAACAACAUUUAUCGUAUUGGCGAAACACGUCAUAUACAGCAGUUAGACUGUUAUUUACAACACUGAUAGCUUUCUUGUUUGGAAUCAUAUUUUGGAACAUUGGCUUGAAAAGGAGAAAGGAGCAAGAUCUUUUCAAUGCAAUGGGAUCGAUGUAUGCUUCGGUUAUAUUUAUUGGAGUACAAAAUGGUGCCUCAGUGCAGCCUGUAAUAGCAGUUGAGAGAACAGUCUUCUACAGAGAAAGAGCUGCUGGAAUGUAUUCCGCUUUGCCUUAUGCAGCAGCACAGGUUAUUAUAGAGCUUCCACACAUCUUGGUUCAGACCCUAGUAUAUGGGAUCAUUGUAUAUGCUAUGAUGGGAUUUGAGUGGACAGCAUCAAAAUUCUUUUGGUAUAUUUUCUUCAAUUACUUCACCUUCUUGUACUACACCUUCUAUGGUAUGAUGACCAUGGCCAUAACUCCAAAUCCACAUGUUGCUGCCAUACUGUCCUCCUCAUUCUAUGCAAUAUGGAACCUUUUCUCAGGCUUUAUCAUUCCCCUAUCUAAAAUACCAAUAUGGUGGAAGUGGUUUUAUUGGGUUUGUCCUGUUGCAUGGACAUUGUAUGGAUUGGUGACUUCUCAAUAUGGAGACAACAUGCAGAAACUUGAGAAUGGUCAAAGGGUUGAAGAAUUUGUUAAGAGUUACUUUGGUUUUGAACAUGACUUCCUAGGAGUGGUUGCAAUUGUUGUGGUUAGUUUCUCAGUGUUCUUUGCACUUAUCUUCACCUUUGGUAUCAAAGCAUUCAACUUCCAAAAAAGAUGAAAUCGCUUCAAAUAUGAUUCUUUGACAAAUAGAUUGUUCCUAAUGCAAAUUCUAGAUUGUCAUGUCCAUAGUAUCAAAGUUAGCAUGCCUUUCUUAGCAUGAGAUAGAACAAAAACACUAGAAUUUAUACAUUUUACCAUUGUUUAUUAUAAAUUACUUUCUGUCUAA